AUAUAUACACACAUACAUAUAUUAGUUUAAGUUAAUUUAGCUCAAAUGGCUACACGAAUAAAUAAAUAUAAAAAUCAGUCCUUUGAUUCUCAAGAACUAAGAAGGCGACGAGAAGAAGUUGGAGUUCAGUUAAGAAAAACAAAACGAGAUGAGCAGUUAUCAAAAAGAAGAAAUGUUGAGGUUCAAGGUGUUGAAAAUAAUGUUCUUAACAUUGACGAUGGCUCUUUUAUGGAAGCACUUCCAGACUUGAUCAAAGAAAUAAUGUCUGAUGACAGAGUUGCUCAACUACAUUCAACUCAAAUGUUUCGAAAACUGUUGUCUAAAGAUCCAAAUCCACCAAUCAAUGAGGUGAUAGAGGCAGGCAUUGUUCCUCGAUUGAUUUACUUUCUUUAUCAGGUUGAUAAUAAUCUUCUGCAGUUUGAAGCUUCGUGGGCAUUAACUAAUAUUGCUUCAGGAACAUCGAUUCAGACACGUUUUGUUAUCGAAGGAGGAGCAGUUCCUGCAUUUAUAGAACUUUUAUCUUCACCUUAUGAAGAUGUCCAAGAUCAAGCUGUUUGGGCUCUUGGAAAUAUUGCUGGUGAUAGUGCUGAAUUUAGAAAUUAUGUUACUGAAUGUGGAAUACUCGAGCCAUUGCUUAACCUUUUAAAUACAUCUUUGAAGCUUACAACUACAAGAAAUGCAGUUUGGUGUUUGUCUAAUUUAUGCCGUGGGAAAAAUCCCCCUCCAGACUUUAGCAAAGUAUCUGUUGCUCUUCCAACGCUUGCUAAGUUAAUUUUUCACCAAGAUGCAGAUGUGAUUGCAGAUACAUGUUGGGCUUUGGCUUAUUUAUCAGAUGGUCCUAAUCAAAAGAUUCAAGCUGUCAUUAAUGCAGGGGUCUGUAGAAGAUUAGUUGAACUGUUGCAACAUGUUCAGGAUAAUGUUGUUUCUGCUGCCCUAAGAGCAGUUGGAAAUAUUGUUACUGGAGAUGAUACACAAACUCAGGUUAUCCUAAAUUGUAAUGUUUUACCCAAAUUUCUGACGUUACUUAGUAGCAAUCGAGAAACAAUUCGAAAAGAAGCAUGCUGGGCUAUUUCCAACAUAACAGCUGGAAACAAGCAUCAAAUCCAGGCAAUUAUAGAUGCAAAUAUUUUCCCUUCUUUGAUAAACGUUCUCAGCAAUUCUGAAUUCAAAACUAGGAAGGAAGCGGCAUGGGCUGUAACUAAUGCCACUUCUGGUGGGUCAGCUCAGCAAAUAGAGUACAUUGCAAAUCAAGAUGCCAUUCAUCCUCUUUGUGACUUAUUAUCUGUAUUGGAUUCCAAAGUCAUAAUGGUUGCAUUAACAGGAAUAGAAAAUAUUUUGCGCGCUGGUACUGAAUUAAGUGGUUCUGGUGAAUACAACAAGUUUGCUUUGCAAGUUGAGGAAUGCUAUGGUUUGGACAAAAUUGAAGUGUUGCAACAACAUGAAAACGAAGACAUAUAUCAGAAAUCGUACGAAAUAGUAGAGACAUUUUUCCGAGAUGACGAGGAUACAGACGAUUUAAAUAUUCUCCCUAAUUCAUCUUGCGGCCAAUUUUCAUUUGGGGAUGUAGUACCUUCUACCAAUGGAUUCUCUUUAUAAUGUUGAUUGGUAAUAUGAAAAUGACGAAGGAUUCAAAAGAGGUUUAAAUUCGUAGUUUGAAAACUAACUCGCAAAUGAAAAUACGCAACAAAUAUGAAAUGCAGAAUCUUUUUGCUAAAUGAUUUUGGAACCAGUUUUCAAACGCUUCAUUUUAUUCGUUUUUUUAUAGAAUGAGAUAUUUCCAAGAGUUUUGCUCUAUACUCGCUAUAUUCAUACAGCGAAGUUUUUAUAUUUAUAAGAAUAGUUGUGUUUCAUUUUUAUUAAUAAAGAUUAUUUAUUGUAAAGAAUUCCUUGAUACAUAAAAAACAAAAUAAUAUAUUAUUAUUUACAUUCGAGUUAUUAUUAUUCAAAAUCAUUUAUUUUAAAACUAGUCUACUUUGUGUUUAAAUGUUUUGGAAUGGCCAAAAUGUCUUUUAAGCGAAUACAUAUACAGCGCUGUUACAAAGUUUCCCAUACAGAGUGGAUUUUUUUUUUCAUUUUGCUUUAAUGAUGUAGCACUUGGUGGCGCCAUUUAAAGAAUGAAUUGUUGUUAUUUAUUUUUAUGCACCUGGCGCCAAUUUUAAAUUGGUUAUGAUGUAAACUAUGUAUAUUUAUGUCAAAUUUUCUAC